AUUUCUUCCUCCGUGUGGCUCCCUAUGUCUCCACCGGCCGCAUGAUCGACCAUGUAUUGAAGGGUUUGGUAGAGACCAUUGUAGAAGAAUUGGUUGAGCACACCGAGGCAAAAGUGGUGAUGUGGGCAUUGGAGUUGAUAGCCCUUGAAUCGUUCCCAAGCCUCGUGGAAAGUCUCACCGACAUUUUGGCUAAAGCUAGCCAUUUGAGUCCGGAGGUCGGUGGUCUUUUGAUGGGAGUAGUACUUGCUCAUGAACUUCUCGUAUACGACUUCCCACGUGUUGAGCGAGCUCGGAAGAAAUGUCAUGAACCAAGUCUUGGCUCGGUCUUUCAAGGUAUAUGGAAAGCACCUCAUUCAGA